AUGCUCAGUGAGCAUUUCGCAGCAUCCGUGUCAGCGGCGGCGGUCGCGCCCAAAGCUGCAUCCAACAGCGUCAAGGAUGUAGGCAUUUCCGUCUUCGAGAGCCAACCGCAUUCGGGCCAAAGAGCGAGCUUCAAGAAGAGCAAUACCACAGCCAACUGUCUGGCCGUCAGUCCGUCGCACAUCUUCGCCGCCCAAGCCGACAAGGCCGUCGUAAACGUCUACAACCGCGAAAAGGGAAAUCAAGAGGCAACCGUGCCCUUUCAAGAGAGGAUAACAUGUCUGGCCCUGGCCUGUGAGGAUACCAUCCUGGUCCUGGGUUCGCAGACGGGUCGCAUCUUUAUUUGGGAAACACAUACUGGUCGCGUCGUCAUCACAUCGCAGGCCCAUCUGCAACAAGUCACUGCCCUGGUCGUCGACCCAACAUCCAACUUUGUCUUGUCUGCCUCGGCCGAUGCUUCGAUCCACGUCUGGUCGCUUCCUGCCUUGCUCUCUUUCUCCAAUGCCGCCCUACAAGGCCAGCACUCCCCGCUACACACCCUCUCAGGUCACCGUGCCGCCAUCACAUCCCUAGUCGUCGGCCACAGUGCUGGUUUCUGUAACAUUGCCGUUUCCGCGAGCGCCGAUCGAUCAUGUAUAGUCUGGGACUACCACGAGAACCAGCUUUUGCGCACCGUCCUACUACCCGAAGUCCCUCGAUGCCUGGCUCUUGAUCCCGCCGACCGCGCCUUCUACACCACCUACGACGAUGGCAGCGUCCAGAUGAUUGACUUCUACAGCGACGCUUUCUCCGCUGCAAACCCCGACUCGGUCCAGCACCCGCUAUACGAUCCCGCCCAAGCUGCCAUGCCCGUUCAACCNCCUCCGCAAACUCGUUGGACCCCGCCUUCAGCCGACCAAGGAGCUGCCUUGAGUGCUAUGCUCAGCUAUGACGGUAGCAUGCUCAUGACUGGUCAUGCCAACGGAAACAUUCUCAUGUGGGAUGUUCCNCUUGGCCGCUACUCUUCCACCUUCACAUCGGCACCCAUGAUGGGUCCAGUUACAAAUCUUGUUUCCUUGCCUGUACAAGGCUUNCCCGAUGCUCGCCCUGCUCGUCUCAGCCAAGUCACCAUCGUCAAGCCCAAACAUGCCGCUUUUGACAAAGCCGACCUUGACGGUGCUGUUCCAGGAAACUACAACUUGAGUUUGCAGUUCUCGCGCCAACUGCCCAUGCCUCACAUCUCCGCUUCCAAGAAACAGCCCGCUGCCAUCGAGUCGGAUUUUCUUACUGCUCUCACACAUCCAGUAUUCCCCGAGUCAUUACUCGCCGACUCUCUUGCUGAGCUCGCUAGCUGGAACGGAUCCGCAAAGCCUCAACCUCUGGCUCCUGCCCCCGCCACUGCUGCAGCUCCUGUUGCUGUUGAUGCUCCCAUCGCUGAGCAACAAACCUCGGAUUCGGCCGACUUCAUGUCUCUCGACGCUCCCGCAUCUACCUCGGGACCAUCUGUCGAGCAACAAAACGAGGCCCUCAGGGCUGAACUUGCCGCUUUGAAGCGUGUUCAAAGAGCUAGUCUGGUACAGAUGGAGGCGUUACGGAAAGAGAAGGUCGAAUUGCUGGCCAAGAUCAGGCAGGAUCUCGAUGAGAAUAUGGACGAUGAGAUGCGCGAGGAUGAAAAGAGCGAGAGAGCGUGNGGAAGAUUGGCCUCGACAGGCGAGUAUGUCGAGAGCGACGAAGAGUCGGAGUAG